CAACAUUUUUUUAUCUUUCAUUGAUUUUCAAUAAACAUAUACAAACGUAAACAUCACAAAAGCAUGUCACGGAAACAGAAAGGCAAAAGAAGCAAACACGGCGGAGCUUUUUGGGUAACAGAUCGGAGUCCGAUCUGACGGAUCCCACCCACGAGAUCAAGCCUAGAUCAUUCCCCUCACUGCCUCCCCAAAAAGACUCCUCUGUUGUAGGAAAAUACCUAGCAAAAGGAGGUUGAAAUGUCGCCGGAAUCAGCUCGGUUUUCUUCUCUCUCCUUCCCCGAAACCCAGAACAAUGACUCCUAAAUCAAACUCCAAAAGUAGAAACCCCGGCCUCAAUACCAGAAGAGAUCCCCUUCCAGCUCCGAAAAUCAACCAGAAAAAACCCUUUUAUUACUCUCGAAGCUCAGCCGAAACUCCCCAACCAAACAGACCCAAAAUCAACCCACCCCUAACUCAACAAACUUCUCCUAUUUAUACAAAAAUCAAAAUAAAACCUAAAGGACGCUGAUCUGCCAUCAUGCUCAAUUGGUUGCAACAUGGGGCGCAAGAUCUCUCUUUGCAGCUGCAGGAUCUGGUUGCAGAAGAAAAGGGAGGCGGAGUCGGCUGUAGCAGCAGGGGGCGCCGGCAGUAGCAGCAGGGGGCGCCGGCAGUAGCAGGGUAGGUUGCAGGUGUGCGAGAGGGUGUGAUGAUGGCUAGUUCGGUGAUAUGGGGGUAGGGCGCGAUAGGGG